CGACAGUAGAGAGACAUCCGGAAGGAAGUGAUGCAAUCAUUUUCAAUCAAGGUUACUUAUAUACAGCUGUCCUUGGAGUUUCCUACAGCAUAUCCACACAUCGUGCUUUCACUGCCUCAACCGCCAGCUUCCAUACAGAAUAGACACUGGGUUCUCCUGUUUGCUGAACAAGGACCACUGACAACUUUCUGGCACUAGCUCUGAAUCUAACGGACAAAAAGAAUGAAGGUUACCAUAAUAACAUUUUGCCUCAUUGGAGCAGUUUUUGCCAAUCCAAUUUCAUUCAAUGCAGUUUUGGAAUCAAGUGAGCUGGACCCAAACACGACUGAAAGUUUGUCUGUUUCACAAUCAUCUGAAAAUGACACCUCCGAGCUUCAGAGCUCUGAAGAAAAUACCUCAAGUCAAAGUCAGAGUUCAGAGUCAGAAUCUUUAGAGACCACAUCAGAGGACAAGACCUCAGAGGAGAGUAACAGUCAAUCAGAUGAGGAUGACGGGACAGACUUUGCGGCUGAAACCAGAGAUAACAGCAUGGGCAGUGAGGAGAACGUUCGAAAGAGUUGGGUUCGAGUGUUUGCAAGUGUCAUCAAAGUCCUGAGCGCAGAGGACAACAGCAGUACAGAGGUCAAGGGUCAGUCAGACCACCUGACUGCGAAACAGCCCACUCAUACCUCCACCAGCGACACUUUCAGACAGAGGACCAACACCACUCAGGGUCACACAAACCUGCCGCUGGUGGAGAAUCCCACCCACAGCAGUGACACCACCAGCGACAGCGCAGACACCAGUGACAUUACUGGUGUAACAGCCGUCACCAGCAACAGCAGUGAGAGCACCAGCAGUGAAAGCAACGAGACCAAUGAGAGCAGUGAGAACAGUGACAGCAGCGACGCCAGCAAGAGCUCAGAGGAGAGUAAUGCCAGUGACAGCUCCGAGCUGGAACAAGUCAAAACCCAAGACUGUGUGAAUGGAACUCAGAGCUGUGAAAGCGAAGAGUAUAUCUUCCAGGAUAUAGGCGACGACGCUCAUUCCUCAGUGGACAAUCUGAUGGUGCCAGAUGAGGAUGAAAGGGAGUUAAGUCUAAGGAGAUGAUGGCAUGCACUUGUGCAGCUCUACGUUUCCCACUAUGAACUACAACACCAUUAACUGACCUGCCUGAAGACUUCAGGAUGACAUGUUUGCGCUUGCUCAUCGCUUCUGAAUGAUGAUUUUGGCAUUAUAAUGUUAAUUGCUUCAGCUGACUUUUUUGUGUGUGAUUAUUAUUGUGAUGAUGAUGUAGCCUAAGCAUUUACUUUGUUUUGAUAAUAUAAUAAUAUAUAAUAAUAUAACCAUGGUAUUGGGUGCUUGCGUGUUUUUAUAUAAUCAUUCAGACAAUGGCAGUAGUGGACUGUACUUAAGUACAUUUUUGAAGUGCUUGUACUUUGCCUAAAUAUUUCCAAUUUAUGCAACUUUGUACUUUUUACUUCACUGCAUUUAGGCUACUGUAUUUAAUAACUAGUUGCUAGUAACAGAUUAGCCUACAAAACGUGAUCAGCCUCUAAAAUGCAGCAUAUAAAGUAGUUCAAAUUAGCUGUGUCCGCAUCUGUAAUGAUAAUCCAAUUAUUAUUAAAAUAUACAGUAUAUUUGA